AUGAGCGACAACGUCCCUCUCGACGCGCAGCAAAGCAUUAGUGCUGUAUUGGACCACUUCGGCUGGGAUUCUUAUUGGGAUUUAUAUCUGCAGGCUGACGUGGAGCCUGCAGGAGGCUUUUGUCCCGUAUCGAUUGGCCGCACUGCCCUCAAUGACGAGACGCCCUCAUCUGCCUUUUGGCUCCUGCACGAUAGCCAACAGGCUCCACAACUUCUUAGCAGCCCGCUUGGCAGUUUUGAAGCAGGUCAAUCCAGCCGAGAGCCUCCUCAACAUACCGGCCUCCCUGGAAUGGUUGGGGAACCAUUUCAGCACUCUAGAAUGAAUGUGAUCCCCCCCAGUCUAUGUGAUGGUUUUGCCGAUGAACCGAACCAUAUCGCACAGCCAAGAUUCUGGAUUUCCGAAAGGGAACGUGGUCAAGCUACCACGAACGCGCUGAAUCUGACUUGCGCCCAAUUCUCUUUGUUGGUCUCCCAACAGAGUGAUAGUGGUUCUUGUAGUGCAAUUAGUGGCUCCUUCCCUUGGAUUAUCCAGGCAUCUAACAUCGACCUUCUAAAGUGUUCCUUCCCUAACUACAAGAACAAGACUAAGUUCAAACGAGCUAUAGACUUGAAGCGUCACGAGAAGAAACAUUCCAGAAGUGAAAGAUAUGAAUGCACUGCUGGAAUUUUAUACGCCGUAUAG